AUGGCUCAUUCAAUGGCCACCUUUAUGGCUUUUUAUCAUGCUAACAAGAUCGAAGACUGGACGUGUAAUAACCUGGUGGAAUAUUAUCGUGAUAAAACGGAGAAAAAAGAUUGGAAGAAGGUAUUAGAUUGGAUCAAAAAAGAUCUCGUUAGGGUAACAAGGUCUGACUCUGAGUUCGACACGAUACGUAGAGGAAAAGCACAAGAAAUCCUGGACAAAUGGAAGGAUUGGACUACAUUUUACAAUGACAUUAUAAGAAAGGAUUGCGCUCAUGUGAAUAUGCGGGUAAGGACCAUAAGUACUAUAAGUCAACUAAACAAUCUGACUGGAGAUUCAACACAAAAUUUCGACAAUUGUCUUAUAACUUCGGGAAAACGAGAUAGAGAAGAAACGGAAAGAUCCUCGCCUCGAUUAAAAAAGAAGGCGUUUUCUAGUGGAAGCUCAGAUACUCGGAACUAUUUCUCGCAGAUUCGUUCUGAGCAGAACGAACAAGAUCAACGACCUCGAACCCCCGAACAUAGAAUUUAUUCAUCAGGUGCCAUGCCAUCUUGGAACCGAGAGAACAAAAGUGAUAAUGGUGAGUCACAAGAACUCUGUGAUUCAGAUAGUGAUCCCAUAUCAGAUCACAAGUUACUUGACGAAUUAUCUGAGGAAUUAAAGGGUUUGGGCGCCAUUGAAUUGACAAUUCGGGAUACUUUGCUCGAGAUUCUCCGUCAGAAUCAAUCAAAGGAUUUAAAAUCGGGAAAAACACUGAUGAACUCGAAUUUCUUAAAUGGGAUAAUAGAUGUUUCGAAUGCCAAUUUGAAGAAAAUGACUCGAUCAAUAUUAAAUAAAUUGAACGAAGGACAACAGUGGUUUGAUCAGGUUCUCAAUAAACAAACAUGGGCUUCAACUUCAGAGUUCAUCGACUAUUGCAAUCAGUUCACGGACCACGUAUGUAAUCGUGUACAAUUCCCCACUUUGGUACGCAAGUCCUUUGUCACAGGGCAUUUUGAUCCCUUUGUUCAUGAAGGGCACGACAUUGCGCAGGACAUUAUGAAACACUUUUCAGUGCGGUUGGAAGCUCCAUGCAAUAUAAGUUCAAAAUCGUCGAAACUGGAAAGAACCUACGCGAUCGACACGAUUAUAUAUGUUAUGAAUAGAAUUUUCCGUAUGCAUUUCGAUGUUCUCGAUGAAAACUGGAUAGAAAUACUUACUAGAGAUACAAAGUCCCAUAAGAUCGAUGGGGUUUUGAAAGUUUUUCAAACGAAAAAGUUUACACAGACAAUCAUAAUCAUGGAGUUUUCAUAUGGUCAAUACGCUUCAGAAGACAAGGAUACUGACGAUCAA